AUGCUUAAAGAAAUUGUCAUAAAAGAAGGCUUGAAUCUUCUGAGCAUCCCCACUUGGCAAAUGGGAGAUACAAUGCUCAAAGAAACUGCAAAGGAGAAGAAAAUCUUCGUGAACGCAAAAUUUGAAGAUGCUAAAAAGCUUGCUCAUAGAAGAGACGCGUUGUACGUUAGAAUCUUUGCGAUCAAGAAACUGUUGAAGAAGCUUAAACUGAGAGAAUCUGUUGAUGAAAAGUUUAAGAAUAUUUUAAAAAGUCUUUCUCAUUUUCUUGUUGAUUCUUUCGAGCCCUGCAAAUAG